UCAUCAAACCACAUCAAACACAGACGCGUACGAGAAACUUACUAUAUAAGUGUUUUUCUGAAUGAUUCAUAUAUGCUUAUUUAAAAAACUGUUUACACUUAUAAAGAAAUAUAGUAUUAUCUUUGUAGCAUAAGAUUAAAGAGGUAAAACAAUCGUAAUAAAACAAAGGUGGUUCAUUAAUCAUCAGAGGACCAUUGAAUUAAGUUCGAAGUUCCGUUAAAAGCCGUUCACGAUGUCAACAGACUUUUAUAUACGUUACUAUGUUGGGCAUAAAGGAAAAUUCGGUCACGAGUUCUUGGAAUUCGAAUUCAGACCGGAUGGCAAACUACGAUAUGCGAAUAACUCGAAUUAUAAGAACGAUACUAUGAUUAGAAAGGAAGCAUAUGUGCAUCAGUGCGUGAUGGAGGAACUGAAAAGAAUCAUUCAGGACUCUGAAAUCAUGCAAGAAGAUGACUCUCUCUGGCCACAACCUGAUCGAGUUGGUAGACAGGAAUUAGAAAUUGUAAUUGGAGAUGAACACAUAUCAUUCACUACCUCUAAGACUGGUUCUCUGUUGGAUGUUAACCAGUCAAGGGAUCCAGAAGGACUUCGUUGCUUUUAUUACCUGGUGCAAGAUUUGAAAUGCUUAGUAUUUUCCCUUAUAGGGCUACACUUUAAAAUAAAGCCAAUAUAAAUACAUAUAACCAUGUGCACACUUUAAUCAGGUUUAAGUAAAUAUAAUGUAAUUACUUGACUGUAAGAAAAUACAUCUUAAUUUCUAAUUA